CGCUGUGAGCAUCUUCCACGCCUGCACGAAAAGUCAGUCCUCGUGCCCAGUCCAUCGUGCAGUGCUAGGCUACGUUCAUGAUUCUCUGGGUCUGAUUGGACAAUAUGCAGGAUGGUUUGUGUCGCACGUGCGGCGCAUGAACUCCUCGCGGUAUAUAUAUGUUUAUUUGGCCCGAAAGUCGGGUGUGACCGUUCACGGUCCAUCGGCGCUUGUUAUAUCCACUCUAUCCAGAUAUGCGUCCCUCCCCAAGAAUUGCUUUCGUUCCUGUCUUCGGUUGUUGAUUGGUAUUUUUGCUUUGCGGGUUGGGGGGGAAGGGGCAAAUCGUUCACUAGGGUUUGGGUUGGAUGAUAUUAGGGUUAUAUCAACAUACAGAUUUUGUGGCUCGAAGGAAGA